CCUGUGAGACCCAGGUUCGAUACACACAUCGCAGUUAGAAACGUGUUGAUUCACAGCUGUGCAAUAGCUCCAAACGAUGCGCCUCUUUCGUUCAGCCAUCACUGCAAUUAUGUGUCAGAUUAAACUAGUCAGGGCGCACUGCACCUGCGCGACGCAUAUGUUGUUUGAGUGCACACAACACGACAGCAGAGGAGAAGCAAAGAGUACAUGCACUAAAAUGUGUUCAUGACAACAGAGCGUUGGUUGCACAGACAGUUCUACACUUUGAUGAAAUACAAAAGGAAAAACUGAUCCCUUUUUAGUAUCGAUAUUUUGGUAUCGAUCCGCUCACCCCUAAUCCCCGGUGGGAGGGACUAAGACGCAAGGAAAAGACGCAAUUGAGGGAAACGUGGAUGCAAUUAAGAGACUUGGGAUGCACCCUGAGUCUGCAUCGAUACAGGUUUACAAACUACACUCUUCUCAAGUGCAGCACCUCUUUUGUGCCUGGUAUGCAGGAAACGCCACAUGCCUACAAAUUCACUCCCCUGCACGGAUGUCUGCUCUUCCUACUGGUUUCUCCUCAGCCUGUACAUUGACAGUGACCUCAAGUGACCUUAUCAACCGGAGGGGACCUGCAGUUUGAACAGCUUUUACAAUAAAGAAUGAGACACAUUCAGAUACUUCAUCAAAGACGCUGAAGGUGGAUUAGAGGCAGCCAAGAUCAAUGGCUGAGUCAACAGAGGUUCGAACAGAUGGCAAUUCUCUGCUGAAGGCUGUAUAUUUGAGUCGUCUGCGUCUAACUCGACUGCUCUUGGAGGGAGGAGCCUACAUAAACGAGAGUAAUGAACAUGGCGAGACACCACUUAUGGUGGCCUGCAAGACACACCAUACAGAUUCACAGAGUGUACCCAAACACAAGAUGGUUCGGUAUCUUCUGGAAAAUGGUGCUGAUCCAAACAUCCAAGACAAGACAGGGAAAACAGCUCUGAUGCAUGCAUGCCUUGAACAAGCUGGAGCUGAAAUUCUGUCACUCCUGCUGAGUAGUGGAGCUGCUCCAACUCUGGAGGAUCAUGCAGGCUUAUCAGCAUUGGUUUAUGCUGUCAAUUCUGGCAACAGGGACGUCCUGCGGGUCCUCCUGGAUGCCUGUAAAGCGAAGGGUAAGGAGGUUAUCAUCAUCACCACCAACAAACUGCCAUCUGGCCAUCAGAUGUCAAAACAGUACCUCAAUGUCCCUCCACCUCCAGACCUUGUGGAGUGUUUGCAUUACACCCCAACAUCUUGUUGCAUGUCUCCAUAUGAGGUCCAGCUACGAAUUCCUCCACAGGGCUCCUCAGCAAGUGCUUCUCCCCAACCUGGUAGUCCCCUUCUUGGCCUCAGGGAUCCCCAGUGUUUAGGCUCAGGGCCUGGCCUAGUCACAUCUCAACCAAGUUCUCCAAUCCAACAUCCUAGUCCUUUAUGUGUUCCUGGUGUGGAUAAGCGAAUUAAUCUCCAGAAGCUACACUCCGAGCAGUGGUCUAAAAGUCCUUCCCUGCUGCUUCAACAGAGCCAGGCCUCCUCUCUGACAGAGGAGCCAGUGGAAAUUACACCUGAGGAGUCAUCAUCCUUCAGAGUCAAUGGCCUCGCCUUCCACAGAAGACCUCCAGUUGUUUCACGCCACCACAGCAUUGAUGUCAAAGACACAACAGGGCUUCUCAAAGCACUAGAGAACAUGUCAGGAAAUGAGCAUAGGGGGGGAGAUGGAAGAAGAGGCUUUGGUAGAAAAAUGUCAUAUGACAGUGCUGCAUGUUCACCGCAUUCUGCUUCCCACCCAAACUUGCAUCAAGACAGUCUCCCCUUUCCCCAUGAAUCCAGUCCUGUGGAUGAAGAUUCCUCUGACUGUCUCAGACAAUUGAAUGUUUCCAGUCUGCAAAAUGUGGUCCGUCGGCGGAACAUUGGUAUUGACCACUAUAAUUCUGACUCUCAGUUACCACAGUUUGGCAAACAAGACAAUAAUUCCAAGAACGGUGGCAGAGCUGGAGUGGGACCAGAAAGGCACAAGCUGGUCAACAGCAGAUCUUCCACUCUAUCAGGAUCCAGAGAGUCCAUGGAGAGCUCUGUCCAUAGACGAGGCACUGCCGGGCUGGAGCGAAGAGGCUCAGGGGCCCUUCUUCUGGAUCACAUUGCCCACACUCGCCCUGGAUACCUACCUCCUCUGAAUCCCCAUGCUCCUAUACCAGAUAUUGGGGUCAGCUCUAGCUUUUCCUACCCUUUGAGUGGAAGUAGCAAGACACUGAAUGGUGUUCUUACAGGAUCAAAGCCUAUUCUACCCUGCGCUCCUGUUUUCCAGAGGGAUCUAAAAGCCAAGAAGAUGCUGUGGAGACGCCACUCAAUGCAGAGUGAGCAGAUAAAACAGCUGCUGGACUUCAAGGAAACUUUUGGCAACUAGAAUAAAAAGUGCAUAUUAUAAUAUUGGAGAAAAUGCAUGGGCUCUUACCAGUAGCAUACAUUGCUGUACUAUUCAUAUACCAUUGCUGAUGCCAGCUCAUGUACAUUUUAAGGACUAAAUACAGUUUAGCCUGAGCCUGCACUGAUGUACUGUUUUUAGACUUCUCAUGACAGAAUUUCAUAUCAUCAUACCAGCCACAGGCACAGUUUGAGCUCUAUGUAAUGAAACAUACAAAAAGUAUAAAUAUAAAAAAUACAAAAUGUAACUUUAGUGUGAAACUUUGCAUUACUUGAGAAAAAAAGAAGCCUUUAUACACUCUAGCACUUUUCCAGAAGAGCUUGAUUUGACCAAAGGAAUCUUGACACAAAGUCCAACUUGUUUCCAAAGCUUUCAACAUCUUGUUUCCUUCCUCAGUGGAUGGAGUUGCUUAGAUGUCAUGGAGAUGGGUGUGGAAUUUUGGUCAUAUGAUAACAGGUAUAUGGGGACGAGAUGGUAACCCCUGUUUCACCAGAUGGUCUCCGGCAUUGGAUGUGAUCUUUCUCCUUGAUCUUUCUCUGGCUGUCCAAUUACUCCUGGUCGAUGAUCCCUUUCCAAUCGAUGCUGUGAUUUUGGUCUAGUGUUCACAGUCAGUUGAUAUCUGUUUUUCAGUGUUCAUUAAGUCUGUUGUCCAGGUUCCUUGCUAUUUCACUGAUGUAGUAUUCCCCACAGCUUUCCUGUGAUAUCAUGUUUUGUGUAUACCUGCCUGGUGACUGCAGAUGGAAAAUAGCUAGUAGCUAAAUGAGGAACAGAGCAUCUCUUCUAUUUGUCCAAGAUUAAUGGUUUUUGUAUGUGAUCCUGACAAACAAAUGUAAUAAAAUAAACUAAAAACAGCCCAGCCAUGUACAGGAGCCCCACUAAGAUGCUUCUGGUGGUGCCGCUCAGACAUGCUCUCUCUAUCCUCCUCAUUGCUAAUAAGAUGUACUGCUCCUCUGAGGGGGUCCUCACAACCGAUCUUUUACAUUGUCAGUGGAGGUUAGAGUUAAAAUUAAGGUAUUGGUCUGACUGACUGUGUGGGUUUUCUGUACACUGUGAUCUUUAUGCUCCUGUCAGUCUUCACAAUCCCCUAUAUGACCACCUCUUAUCACAUGACCAAAAUGUCAUACUUACAUCACAUUCUAACAACUAAACAAUCUCCCUGACAACUGAGCAACUCUGCUGAGUCUGCUGAGGAAGGCCAUGAGAUGGGGUUGAAAGAUUUGGAAAUGACAAGUGUGCUCUUGUGUUGAGAAUUUUUUUUUUCGUCAAACUACUCUUUGCAAGGUCAGGAAUGAACCUUCAAGUUGAAGUUACAUGGGUGUUAAAUUAAAAAAUAUUUUAUGAGCCUAUACCUUGAGGCAUGUCAUACAAUUAGUGUUCAAGUGUUAUGCUGAAUACGUGGAUUUCAUCUAAUGAUUCAGACUUAAUUCAACAGCACUUGUGUGUCUCUGUAAAGAAGAAACAAGACAUUUGCCUUUCCAAAGCCAAAGGGGUUGGAGACUUGUUGCUUUGGAGACAAAGCUUCAUCUUUGAGAAUGAUCUUGGAUCAAAGAAAAUACAGUGCAGAGUGAAAUGCAGCUCAAGAAACAUCCACUUACAAUCUACUGGUUUAAAACCAAUUUUGGACUAGAAAAGUGGUUUGUGUAUAUUGAUCAUUUUUGCAGCAUUUUUAACAGUCAGUGUGUACUUAAUUAUAGUUUUAUCAGUCACUUUUCAUAAUAUAUCAAUGAUCUAAAUUUGGAGUGCACUGCAUAUCACUGUUGAAAUAAAUGGGUACAACAUAAGCUGCAAAUUGAAAGAACAGCCGCCCAGCUCUUAGAUUUUUUCCAGUUAGCUCCCUGUGUUAUAAGAGCUUUCCUUUUAU